UAUUUGUUCAUAUUUACAACUUACACUGUUGCAAAGCAGUUUCACAUACAUUGUAGAACAAACAUAAGACAAAUCAUUACUAAUACUAAACAUUUUAUACAUCAUCAAAUCCAUUAUGUUUAAAGGGAUACUUCACCCAAAAAUGAAAAUUGUGCCAUCAUUUACUCACCUAGUUGUUCCAAAUCUCCAUACAUUUCUUUGGUCCGAUGAACACAGAGGAAGAUAUUUGGAAGAAUGCUUAUAACCAGACAGAUCUUGCCACCCAUCGACUCCCAUAGUAGGAAAAAUGACUUUUAACACAAAAUUAAACACAAAAGAAGAUAUUUGGAAGAAUGUAGGACAGCAACUUUUGACUACCAUUGUAUUUUUCCUACUUUGGGAGUCAAUGGAGGGAACAAUCCGUCUGGUUGUAAGCAUUCUUACAAAUAUCUUUCUCUGUGCUCAUCAGAACAAAAUCAUUACUGUAUACAGAUUUGGAACAACUCGGAAGUGAGUAAAUUAUUUUUUCAAGUGUAAACAGAAUAAUAUAAACAUAAGAAAUUACAGUUUGCGUAGAGAAAGUAAAGCCUAUUUCAUUUCAAGUGGGACAUGAAUGACACACAUCUGUAGAUAAACAAAGUCAAUUGUAAAGCGUAUUGUUGUUAUUUAUUUUAUUCAUUCAGGCCUAAUUCUCACUGAUCAGAUAAACGGCGACAAACAUUUAAAAUAAGAGCUACUGACUCAGAUUUCAUAUUUGACCAAGCAAAAUGAAAUGGUAGGAUCCAAAGUGUGUGUCCGGUAGGUAUUUUAGCCCGAACUCCCUCGAGAUUCUGUUGAAUUUGUGUGAAUGUGUAAGAUGCAUGUGAAUCAUACGAAAACAUAGGAUAAUUGUAAACAAAGAAAUAAGAAAGCGUCUAAAUCCGUCACUGAAUGCGAAUUAGUCACUUUAAAGAAAAUUGUCACAGAAUGUUGUGAUUUUGUUUUGACUGUAUUUGUUUAUGUGUUUGAUCUUCAUCAGAAUCCCAGCCCUGUUCUAGAUACGGAGGACUGAUUGUUGGACUUUUCCUUGCUCUCCUUGUUUGUGUGGUUGUGUAAGAUGUUAUUUCUGUACUCUUUGAGACUUAUUAUAUAUCUGAUUUGGGACCGGGGAUAUUAUUGAGCAUUAUUUUGAAUGGGCUUUUAUUUGGCUGUUAAGCUUCCAUUGGUGUACACACUAAAUACGCUUCUGUGUAUAUUUAUCUAGUGAAAGGUGACGUGAUUGAAAACCUUUAAAUGCAAGAAAUCCAUUUUAUUCUGCAACAGUGGCUGUUUUGUUCCAAGCAUGUUUUUUUUUAUAAAUAGCUUCUUUUUGGGAAAAUAUCAAAUAAUGUUAGGAUUGAAAAGCAUCAAGCAUGUUUACACAAUGAAAAUGUUUGCUUAAUUCUUUGCACACAAACUUUUUCUUUCAGAGGGUUCUUCAUCUGGAAAUCCUACACAACCAGAAGACAGAGAGUUCCUGCGGAUGAACAAAUUGACCAAUAAUUUAUUUAUUGUUUUUAUUUUUGUUGUUUUAAUGGUUAUUUCAGUUUGUUAAGCUAUCUUUCCUCUACAGUGAUACCUCGCAAUACUAAGUUGUACAUAUAUUUUUUCUCUUUAUCUGAUAUAUCCUGUAGAGUAACAGAAAACACUUAAUUCUACCUCAUUCGUGGCAUGUCUGUACAAAGAAUAAAAAUCUGAAACUAACACUGAGUGUAUGUCACAUAUAAUGGAUGGGGUGGGAGGGGGAUACUUUGGAAACAUUCUACAGGAAAGGGAAAAAGGAAAUUACCGCUUGAAAACAAGGUGACGCCUAUAGCCCUUUGACUUAGUGAAGCGGAUGAGAACAAAACCAAAGCCGUCCACACAACGUGAACCGUUCCAGCGUGAUUUAUCUUGAACAGAAGAUGUUUCUGCACAUACACACGAGGAGGUGACAUGGAACCGCAACAACUCAGCUUUUAUUGGACUUUCCUACUUUGUCAUGUCUGCCCAGUGUUGUGGAGCUGCCAGGGUUUGUCCGUACGCUUUAAAACCCAACAGGCGUUAUGUGUCAUCAAGGGGCAGAGUUUCAACCUGAGGGCACAGAUUGACCUGUUGGACGGUGAAAGUCUUACCAGUGUGACAUGGGACCGCGCAGCAAAGAACUCUGGGAAGAAUCAUACAGUGGCCGAGUUUCCUCGUAGAACAUCUGAUGAGAAGGUGACAUUAGAGGAACAAGGAGCUGUGCUGAAGAUCAGAGGUUAUCAACCUGCAGACAGCGGCGUAUAUACCAUCACAGUUAUAAACCAGGCCGGACAGAGACGCUCAGCGCAGCAGACGGUCCGAGAGUAUCUGGCAGUGAAUCAUGUGUCCGUGAUGGUGAAUGUGUCACACUCAGUUCUUCACUGUAUGGAGGCCUGGGGGUCCGAGCCCACCUUCACCUGGCUGCAUGAGAAUGUGGUGGUGACGGAGGAGGUGGGCCGCGUGUCUGCGGACGGAAGGUCUCUGCACGUCUCCGGCACGUUCUGUGGACACUUCACCUGUGUGGUGAGGAACAAACUGGGCUACAGCUCGGCCACCUACACGGCGGAGGUGUGUGAGCAGGACGACAGACACACAACUCCUGUCGUUGUGUGUUUCUUACUGCUGCUGGCGAUCAUAGCUGCGUGUCUGGCCUUUAUGGUUUGGAGAAGGCAUCAGAGGAACAGAAGAGAACGUUUGUGGGAGUCGUAUGAAAACACACUGUGAACACGCUAGUCAGGACUCACUAGGAAGUGAUGUCACACCACAGGAACCAACUUCCUGUUUUUGAAAACCGUGACAUUAAAAUGACUGGAAACUGAAGAAAGCUCAUUGAAUAUUAGUCGCUUCAAAGUUUUGAAAAACAAAUCGUUUUUUAUUGAUCAUUGCAUUUCAUUUUCGUAUUUUGUGAAUUCUGCAUUUUUUUUUUUAAUCUGACCAGCAUGUUUAUUUAACUGUAGCAGACAAAUAUCAAAACAAUUGACUGAUUUCUCAAUAGCCAAAUGCAUUUUUAUGGAUGUUAGAAUAAAACCCAUAUUCUCUUAUA